CGUGACUCCAUCGUCCACUUUGUUAUUAUGUCCGGGUCGAACAUUGUUUAAGUGCGUGAAGAAAGGGUUAAGGGAUCGAUUUAAGAUACAGCCUCAGACCCGGUCACGUUGGAGCUGUUUGACAUGGAAUUAAACUGUUCUAAUGGAGAAAGAUAAGCAGGAGCUCAUGUCUGUAUCUCCCUUUCCACCUGCACUGCCCUCACCUCCACUACCUCCACCUCCUCCUCCUCCUCCUGCCCCAGCUUGGGCUCCUUCACUGCCCAGUAAGAAGAAGCUGUACCAGGCCAUAGCAGAGGGACGGACGGCUGUUGAAGGAGAUUUUGAGGAAGCCUGUUUGCUCCUUACACAACGAGAGAGCAGUUUCAGGAAGGACCUACAGUGGGUGCUGUUUAAUAAAUAUGUCCCUUCAUUGAUCCAAGAUGGCCCCAAAUGUGGAUUAGUGGCUUUAUGGAUGGCAUCCCAUCUGCUGAAGCCUGCCAUGACCAUAUCCAUAGAAGACAUCAUGCAAAAGGCCGUGAGCAAAGGCUACACUGCUCAGGGAGAGAUGUUUUCAGCUUGUGAUAUGGCCCUGCUCGCAGAGGAAGUGUGUGGCGUCAGAGUGCAGAGGCUAUCUGGAGGCAUGACUGGAGAAAAUGCUGCACUAAUACUCAAACAUCUCACUGACAGCCAGCCGAUCUUAAUACCAUAUGACGAGGAUUUUAACCAUGAGCCGUGUCAACGCAGUGGCCACAAAGCUCAUUGGGCAGUGGCUUCAGGCGUGCUGCUUGGGCUGACACAGGGGACCGUGAGCAGCAAGGAACUCCCCAUUGACCCCACUCUGCCAUGGCUGCAUCUUUCCAGAGUUAACGCACCUGCUACCUGGCUCUUGAAUCCAGUUGAAGUCUACAUCUUGGCCAAACAGGGAAAGAGUCUGCGCUACCAGCUAUGGAAACUGGAAACAGUGGCACAGAGUAACACCCAGCUUAGAGAAAUGGACCUGCAGAGAGCCUGUGACGGAUCUUACUACGUGCUGCCCCCUGGUGGGGUGGAGGAAGGACUUGCAGGCCAGGUGGUGCUACUAUAUACCUCACAGACAAACUGAAAUCAAGAACAGGAUGUGAUGGGAAUGAUGGGAAUACAACAUGACUGUGUUUAGCAUGCACCUUGAAUUUAAAUCAGUCUGUAUUUGGCUAUCCAUUAGGUGGCCUUAUUUAGUUGGCAUUUCUGCUGCUUUCACCGCUCUCAAUGGUCAGAGACUUCUGGGUGAUUCAUGGGUAAUUUCCCUUUUCUCUAACUAUGGAGACUGUUGCAAAAAUAUUAUGGUGCUAAAUUAAACCGGGCCGUGUUACUCUGCUGCUCUGACUAAAAACAGGAUGUGUGGAUUAUUAUGUUCUGGAUUAUUUUAACUUUUCAAAAGGGAGGUAAAGAGUUCAACACAUGUUUGGCUGCUGCAGAAAAAAAGAAAGUGUCUAUAAUGCAUCAUAUCGAGUAUCGUUUUCCCAUAGAGAAAUAUGGAAAUACUGACACCACUCUGCCAUGGCUACAUCUUUCCAGAGUUAGCGCACCAGCUACCUGGCUCUUGAAUCCUGUUUGAGGUCUAUAUCUCGGCCAAACAGGGGAAGAGUCUGCGCUAUCAGCUAUCAGAGUUAGUGCACCAGCUACCUGGCUCUUGAAUCCUGUUGAGAUCCACAUCUUGACCAAACAGGGGAAGAGUCUGCACUAUCAGCUAUCAGAGUUAGCACACCAGCUACCUGGCUCUUGAAUCCUGUUUGAGGUCUAUAUCUCGGCCAAACAGGGGAAGAGUCUGCGCUAUCAGCUAUCAGAGUUAGCGCACCAGCUACCGGGCUCUUGAAUCCUGUUGAGAUCCACAUCUUGACCAAACAGGGGAAGAGUCUGCGCUAUCAGUUAUCAGAGUUAGCGCACCAGCUACCUGGCUCUUGAAUCCUGUUUGAGGUCUAUAUCUCUGCCAAACAGGGGAAGAGUCUGCGCUAUCAGAGUUAGCACACCAGCUACCUGGCUCUUGAAUCCUGUUGAGAUCUACAUCUUGAACAACAGGGGAAGAGUCUGCGCUAUCAGCUAUAGAAACACCAAAAUAUUAUGGUGCUGAAUGAAACAGGGCCGUGUUAUUCUGAUGCUCUGACUAAAAACAGGAUGUGUGUUCUGGAUAAUUUUAACUUUUCGAAAAGGAGGUAAAGAGUUCAACACACGUUUGGCUGCUGCAGAAAAAAGAAAGUGUCUUUCAUGCAUCAUAUCGAGUAUCGUUUUCCCAUAGAGAAAUACGGAACAGAAAGAUUAAUCACACGACAGAAACGUUCAUCUGUCCGAUAUUUAUUUCAGUCUGUAGCCUUAACGUAAAAAUAAAAAACAUUUUCAGUGAAAAAAUUGAAUUGUAUAAUGUGUUCACAGCGGUAAUGCAUGCUUAUAUUAACCUUUCAAUGCAGAUAUUUGCAUGUUAUACAGCCGCUCGCAUAAGUAUUCACCCCCAAUCCGAUAGUUUCCAUCAGAAGCCAUAUUAUUAGUUGAAUGGAACGUGUCACAUGAUCACAAUGUAAAUACAUCUGUUCCUGGAAGGCCCUAGAGUAGUUUAGAGAAAAUACUUAAACAAACAGCAUCAUGCAGACAUUAAGGAGCUAUCAAACCCCCCCCCCCCCCCCCCCCGAUAUAGCCUUAAAUAUACACAGUCUAAGGAUACUCAAAGGAAGUUAAUCAUGCAUGAUACAAUAUGUGGAUGCUGGUUACUUCCCAUAACUGUGUGUAAAAACAUCGCAUGAUUCAGCUCCGAGUUGCUGACGAUUUCUGAGCAUACAUGACUGCAGCUCCUGAGAAACAGUAGGUGGAGCUCAGCAUGUUCUUGGAAACACUUACUUCUGCCUUUGACUCACUGAUCAGCAUGCAGGGUCGAACCUGAGAUCACUAAUACAGAAACACCUGUAAGGAAAAAAAAAAUCUGUUCUGUGGAUCAUCAUAAGGUCCAUCUCUUUAAUGUCGUGUCUUUAUUUAGAUUGCCAGAUGUAACGGCUCGUCUAAAAGGAGUUCGAAGACCGGUGUGUCGGUGUGUAUGAUGAACCUGGACUGUAGAAUAAUUUCCUGAUCAUUUUCUAUAUCUCUAAUUUGAUACCAAACUAAAAGAAAAAGACCCAAACAUUGCUAUUGACAUUUAUAUCAAGGACAAUUUUUGGGUACAAACAGGACAAUGGGGAAAAUACAUUUUCUGUGCAUGGUGCUUAUGAAUGUCCAGGUAAUUAAUUAAAAUCUCUGACUUUAACACUCCUUAUAUCUAAUAUCUCGUGUUUACAGUAAAAUAAUUAAAGAUAUUACAUACUGAAACCAUUCCCUGGAUGUUGUGGGGGUUAGGAUUUGACACCUCGCCCAUCUGAAUUCAUCUCACAUAUUGUUUUGGUUAAAUCUCAAGUCGAAUGAAAUGACGGUCUUCCUGUGGUCACUGUUGGUUGAGCAAGUGUUAUUUCUGUUCAAGGAAAUGAUGAAAGCAGGAACACAGCCUUGCUUGCAAUGGAACAGAUGUUAUCAUUUUUGUGAACUGUUCACUGCAUUAUCUAUAUCUUAAAAGAAAAUAGAUGUUACUUUAAUAGGUGUGGGCUUUUACUUUAAAGGAAAAAGAUUUUUACUUUCAUAAGAAAGUGGUCUUCUGGUGAAAAAGAGAACGAUGAGAAGAAAAUGUAACCUGCACAACGAACCGACAUCCUAA